AUACAAAAUGAAUUACACAGAAAACAUUUUUGUCUGAUUUCUCUGAUUAAUCUCACAAUUAGAUUAUUCCCGUCUCUUACAUGGAAAGUGAUAAAAAGAAGGUGAGGGUGAAACAAGGACCUCCGGAGAAGCCACAGGGUUUUUGUUUUCUCAAGCAAAACAACCCUCACGGCGUUGGCUUAUCACUACCAAAAGAUGAUACUGGGUGUGCGGUGCAUGGUGCGUGGUGCGUGAGCCCCCAGCGCAGGCCGGGAUGUUCGUCCUGGUGGAGAUGGUGGACACCGUGCGGAUCCCCCCUUGGCAGUUUCAGAGGAAGCUCAACGACUCCAUUGCCGAGGAGCUGAACAAGAAGUUGGCCAACAAGGUCGUGUACAACGUGGGACUCUGCAUUUGUUUGUUUGAUAUCACCAAACUGGAGGAUGCCUACGUAUUCCCUGGGGAUGGCGCAUCACACACCAAAGUCCAUUUUCGCUACGUGGUGUUUCAUCCAUUCCUAGACGAGAUUCUGAUUGGGAAGAUCAAAGGCUGCAGCCCGGAAGGAGUGCACGUCUCUCUAGGCUUCUUCCAUGACAUUCUCAUCCCCCCAGAGUCACUGCAGCAGCCAGCCAAGUUCGACGAAGCGGAGCAGGUGUGGGUGUGGGAGUACGAGACGGAGGAAGGAGCGCACGACCUCUACAUGGACACCGGAGAGGAGAUCCGCUUCCGCGUGGUGGACGAGAGCUUUGUUGACACGUCCCCCACAGGGCCCAGCUCAGCAGAUGCCACUGCUUCCAGUGAGGAGCUGCCAAAGAAGGAGGCUCCGUACACGCUUGUGGGAUCCAUCAGUGAGCCAGGCCUGGGCCUUCUCUCCUGGUGGACCAGCAACUAGCCCUGGGGCUGGACAGUGGACCCUACCAGCCUGCGGGAAGGUGGUACGGCCGGCUGUGAAGACAACAGCAGCUGAGGCCGACGCUAAGGAGAUAGUGUCUUGAGCUGGACAGUGAGGCAAGGCCAGGAGUGCCCACCAGCUUGCCCCCCUCCUCCACCAUCUAGGCCCUGCUCCUCCUUCACUGCAGUGAUGGAUCCAUCUGUGGCUGUGGCUGUUGGGCCUCCACUGACCUUGACUGAAAAGACCCUUCCUGGACCCUGGGCUUGGUAACAAACGGCACAGACACCAAUCACUGACUCACAGAACAGUCACUGGUUUUGGAUUCUUGUUUUCCUUGCAAGAACAAAAGGUUCUCUAGAAUCCUUCAGCCACCAAUGAAAUGAUCAGGCAGGAGAAAAACUUUAGAUGGGAGUCUUGUCAUCAAAAAUAAAUACAGUUGCAUGGAAAAAAAAAAAAAAA